AUGGCAAUCCCCUCAAGCCCUAAGCUCGACGGCUUCGACGUCCUCCAGACAAACUUCAAGCAUGUCGGAGACCACCCCAUCCGAGCCGACAUCCUCGUACCCCAGAAGCCUCACACAGGCAAACGGCCAGUGAUCCUCCGUUUCCACGGCGGCGGUCUGGUCUUCGGAGACUCUCUGUUCAUGAAUUUCUGGCCUCACUGGGCCUCAGACCUAGCACUAGCCCACAACGCCAUAAUCAUCAGUCCAAACUACCGCCUCAUGCCAGAAGGAACCAGCGCCCAGAUCUAUGAAGAUAUAGAAGAUUUCUGGUCCUGGUUACACUCUCCUUCUCUUGUAGAACUACUAGCCGCGCAUUCAACGCCUACAGAGGUCGAUCUUGACCGCAUCCUCACAGCGGGCGAGUCCGCCGGCGGCUUGUUAAGCGUCUACCUAGCCCUGUCGCAUCCAACAGACAUCCGCGCCGCGACAGUCGCCUACCCAAGCGUUGAUCUAGGUCCAGACGAAUUUGGACAUCCGCGAGCGAGUCCAUGCUUUGGAAACCAUAUUCCGGAAUCGGUGAUUCAAGCCGAAGAAAGCGCCGCCAAGAUCGGGACAGCUGAGUCUUCGAUCACUGAUGAGUCUCGGUUGGUGUAUAUGCUUGCUAUUGUGGAGCAUGGGACCCUGCACGGUGUUUAUGAGCGGGGCGCGGAAGGGGUUCCGCAGAAGGUGUUGUAUCCGAUGGUGAAGUUGGAGGAGCCCGGGUUGGAUAUUCCGGUCGGUGGCAUUGCCGUUAUUCACGGCCGGCAGGAUAGUGUUGUUCCUAUUGGUGGGGUUGAGAGGUUUGUGGAGAGGGCGCGGGAGGUUACGAGGGGUAAGGCGGGGAAUGAGGGGGUGGUGCUCACUGUCAGGGAUGGGGAGCAUGGGUUUGAUGCGGACGUUAGAUAUAGUGAGGAGUGGUUGAGCGAUACGUUCAAAUUUGCCGUCGAUGCUUGGGUGAAAUAG